UCUCUCCCUCAACUAUCCGAUCGCUCGAUCUCCACUCUGAUUUGAGAUUCUUUGAUUGACGGUUCUGAAUUUUAACUGAACCUUCUCCCAGACCACUCCGCCUUGCGCGGUAUCAUACUUUUCAACGAAAAGGAAAAGAGAGAAGGAAGAAAAUGGCGACCGUCACCAUGACCGCGCCGCCACCGGCAUCCUACAAAACCAACAAGAACCGGUCCAAGCUACUCCCCGAGAAUGAACGCUUCAUGAGAGCCUGUUCGGAUAUCGCGAAUGCUCUGAUCCAGGAGUAUGAAUCGCAAAAGGAUCCGACCGCGCCGCGCAAGGAUAUCAAUCUCAACAAACUGCGGGGUCAAAUCGCCAAAAAGCACAGUCUGGCCACCCAACCACCACUGACAGCCAUCAUCUCAGCGGUCCCCGAGCACUACAAGAAGUACAUCUUGCCCAAGCUGAUCGCCAAACCCAUCCGGACGUCGUCGGGUAUCGCCGUCGUCGCCGUGAUGAGCAAACCCCACCGCUGCCCGCACAUCGCCUACACGGGCAACAUCUGCGUCUACUGCCCCGGCGGACCCGACUCCGAUUUCGAAUACUCGACGCAAUCCUACACCGGGUACGAGCCGACGUCGAUGCGCGCCAUCCGGGCGCGGUACGAUCCGUUCGAGCAGGCGCGGGGGCGCGUGGACCAGAUCAAGUCGAUGGGCCACAGCGUCGACAAGGUCGAGUACAUCAUCAUGGGUGGCACGUUCAUGUCGCUCCCCGAGAGCUAUCGCGAGCCGUUCAUCGCGCAGCUGCACAACGCCCUGAGCGGAUACCAGACGGACAAUGUCGACGAGGCGGUGCUGGCGGGCGAGAUGAGCAACAUCAAGUGCGUGGGCAUCACCAUCGAGACGCGCCCGGAUUACUGCCUGGACACGCACCUGAGCAGCAUGCUGCGGUACGGCUGCACGCGGCUCGAGGUCGGCGUGCAGAGUCUUUACGAGGACGUCGCGCGCGACACCAACCGUGGCCACACGGUGGCGGCCGUCGCGGAGACAUUCAAGCUGUCCAAAGACGCAGGCUUCAAGGUCGUCAGCCACAUGAUGCCGGACCUGCCCAACGUCGGCAUGGAGCGCGACAUCUUCCAGUUCCAGGAGUACUUCGAGAACCCCGACUUCCGCACCGACGGGCUCAAAAUCUACCCGACCCUAGUCAUCCGCGGCACAGGGCUCUACGAGCUCUGGCGCACAGGCCGCUACAAGAACUACACCCCGAACGCCCUAAUCGACCUCGUCGCACGCAUCCUCGCCCUCGUCCCACCCUGGACCCGCAUCUACCGCGUGCAACGCGACAUCCCCAUGCCCCUCGUAACAGCAGGCGUCGAAAACGGCAACCUGCGCGAGCUCGCCCUCGCGCGCAUGAAAGACUUCGGCACCACCUGCCGCGACGUGCGCACGCGCGAAGUCGGCAUCAACGAAGUCAAGAACAAGAUCCGCCCGUCGCAAGUCGAGCUCGUCCGCCGCGACUACACCGCCAACGGCGGCUGGGAGACCUUCCUCGCCUACGAGGACCCCAAGCAGGACAUCCUCAUCGGCCUGCUGCGUCUGCGCAAGUGCAGCGCCACCCACACUUUCCGCCCCGAGUUCACGGGGCAGCAGACGAGCAUCGUCCGCGAGCUGCACGUCUACGGCUCUGCCGUCCCCAUGCACGGCCGCGACGCCCGCAAGUUCCAGCACCGCGGGUUCGGAACACUCCUCAUGGAGGAGGCGGAGCGCAUCGCGCGCGAGGAGCACGGGAGUCGCAAGAUUAGCGUUAUCUCGGGUGUGGGUGUGCGCAGCUACUAUGCUCGCUUGGGGUAUACGCUUGACGGGCCUUAUAUGUCUAAGAUGUUGGAUCCUGUUGAGGAUGAAGACUUUUAAAACGUACUUUCUUUUCUUUCUUGUCGCAAGAGAGAAACAACAAAAGUUCCUGUUAUUUUAACGAUUCAUAUGGCGUUUGGGGACGGGUGAUUUUGUUAGCCGCUGGCUCUGCAUAGGGGGUG